GGCGGCGCGCAGGGCCGCCGUGGCGGGAGAAGCGCUUCCGGUGGCGGCGGAGGCGGUGUUGAGCGGGUCCCGAGAGCGGCGCGGGCGGUGGCCGGGGGGGAGCGUCCAAGACAAUGUCUGGAGAACUUCCACCAAACAUUAACAUCAAGGAACCUCGAUGGGAUCAAAGCACUUUCACUGGACGAGCCAAUCAUUUCUUCACUGUAACUGAUCCCAGGAAUAUUCUGUUAACCAACGAACAACUAGAGGAUGCAAGGAAAGUAGUGCAUGAUUACAGGCAAGGAAUUGUUCCUCCGGGUCUCACAGAAAAUGAGUUAUGGAGAGCAAAGUACAUCUAUGAUUCAGCUUUUCAUCCCGACACUGGUGAAAAGAUGCUUUUGAUAGGAAGGAUGUCAGCUCAGGUUCCAAUGAACAUGACCAUCACAGGUUGUAUGAUGACAUUCUAUAGGACCACGCCGGCAGUGCUGUUCUGGCAGUGGAUCAACCAGUCCUUCAAUGCCGUGGUCAAUUACACCAACAGAAGUGGAGACGCUCCCCUCACUGUAAAUGAAUUGGGAACAGCUUAUGUUUCUGCAACAACAGGUGCUGUAGCAACAGCUCUAGGACUCAAUGCGUUAACCAAGCAUGUCUCUCCGCUCAUAGGACGCUUUGUUCCCUUCGCUGCGGUAGCUGCUGCUAAUUGCAUUAAUAUUCCGUUAAUGAGGCAAAGGGAACUCAAAGUUGGCAUUCCUGUCACAGAUGAAAACGGGAACCGCCUGGGCGAGUCGGCAAACGCUGCCAAACAAGCCAUCACACAAGUAAUCGUCUCCAGGAUCCUCAUGGCAGCCCCUGGCAUGGCCAUCCCUCCAUUUAUCAUGAACACUUUGGAAAAGAAAGCCUUUCUCAAGAGGUUCCCAUGGAUGAGCGCACCUAUUCAAGUUGGAUUAGUUGGCUUCUGUUUGGUAUUUGCUACACCUCUGUGCUGUGCUCUGUUUCCUCAGAAAAGUUCCAUGUCUGUGACAAGCUUGGAGGCCGAGCUGCAAGCCAGGAUCCGAGAGACCCAUCCUGAAUUACGGCGGGUGUACUUUAACAAGGGAUUAUAAAGUAGGGAAAGAAACAUCUUCAGAGGAUCCUACCAACCGCAAGUGUGGUGUAGCCAAGUUGGUAAGGAAUAUCCUGGUCCUGGUCAACUGGUGACAGAAACCUUUUAACGAUCCACAUUAGCCUUUUAGAGUCAAGCUGCUACUUAUAGCACAGCACCUGGGGCGGCCUCCCCUUACAUUUGAAUCAUGGUAUAAUUUACAGAAACACCCUUCCUGUAGCUUUUAUAGCCACUGUUUUUUCAAAGACAAUAUCCCAACCCUCACCCAGAGUUUUCAAAAGCACCGUUAGGCAUACAGUAAAUGUUCAGUAUAUUGACUGUCAGUCAGUGAAAAGGAAAUCUGUUUAAAAUACUGAAUUUUUAUCCUACUCUUGUUUCAAAUCAAGGAGAGCUCUCAGUAGUGAGUUGAGAAAACACAAAAGCCCUGAAGCUAAACUGUAAAAGAAAAUGACUCAUAAAUAUUAAGGACAGUUUACUUUCCUGCCCAGUUUGGGCUGGAGGCAACCCGAAGUAGAAGAUGAGUUCUUUGCAUUUGUAAGAUAAAAGCUCCUUCAUACACCUCCCGGAAAAGUCAGAGUGAUAGACAAUGGUGAAAGGUCCCUGCUGUCAACAGCUGUAUGCUUUCAUAUUGCUGAUGGAUUUCUUCGGUUGAGUUUGAAAUUUAUUCUAUUUUACAUUCUUAUGAAGAUAUUAAUCUUACCUUGCAUUUGUUGACUUUAUAUUCAAUCAUUUAAAUCAACUAAUCAAAUAACGGAAAUGCACAAAUGUCAAAUUUUGGAAGUAUAUUCGAAACCAACGCUGUAUGACUGGGUUGAAUCUGACGUGUUUGAUUUUUUUUUUUUUAUAAGCGAGAGAACAGUUCCAUCUGCCUGCAUGUCUUUUCUUGUCAUCCUCGUAGAUCUCUUUGGCUUUCAGGAAGAUACGGAAAUAAUGUGUAUGUGAAUCAAUGACUCAAUGAGUUUUACUUGAAUGUUGUAUAUUACAUUCCACCCUGUUUGAAAAUAAUGAACCCGUGGACCACUGUUUACAUCAUCUGUAGUAGCUUCACAUAUAAUAUAUUUAAUGUAACAGAUUAUGUUUCAAUUCUGUAGAGGUUCAAAGGCAUAUGUGAGGUGGUCAUUUCACUGAGUGUAGACCACUUGAUUCAAUUUGUAAUUCAGAGACUUAUAAGUGGGAAAAAAAUGUAGAAACUAGUUUGGGCAAAUUUUUCCUGACAAUGUGACCAGACUGAAUUUCCUCAUAAAGAAAAAAUGGUGUGC